CCGCGCGUGUGGGGCGGGCGGGCGGGCGGCGGGGACACGGCGGCUCCCGAGGCGGCUCCCGAUGGCUCGUCCGCGGCCCCGAGAAUACAAGGCUGGAGACCUGGUGUUCGCCAAAAUGAAGGGGUACCCGCACUGGCCGGCCCGGAUUGAUGAACUCCCUGAGGGAGCUGUGAAGCCUCCAGCAAAUAAAUACCCCAUCUUCUUUUUUGGGACCCAUGAAACUGCGUUCCUGGGGCCCAAAGACCUUUUCCCAUAUAAAGAAUAUAAAGAUAAGUUUGGGAAGUCGAACAAACGAAAAGGAUUUAAUGAAGGCCUGUGGGAAAUAGAAAACAACCCUGGAGUAAAGUUUACUGGAUAUCAGGCAAUUCAGCAACAGAGCUCAUCAGAAACUGAGGGAGAAGGAGGAAAUACAGCAGAUGCCAGCAGUGAAGAGGAAGGUGAUCGGGUAGAAGAGGAUGGAAAAGGCAAAAGAAAGAAUGAAAAAGCAGGCUCAAAACGAAAAAAAUCCUACACUUCAAAGAAAUCCUCCAAGCAGUCACGGAAAUCUCCUGGAGAUGAAGAUGAUAAGGACUGCAAAGAGGAAGAAAAUAAGAGCAGCUCUGAUGCUGGAGACGCAGGCAAUGACACAAGAAACACUUCUUCAGAUUUGCAGAAAACCAGUGAAGGGACUUAACCAACAUAAUGACUGCUGAAUAUUAAGGGAAAACACAAGAAGGUUACAUGUUUGGUUGUCUAAUAUUCUUGGAUUUGAUAUGAGUCACCACAUCUGUUCAUUAGUAUCAUCAACAGCAUCCCAGUUUGUAUGCACAUUAUUCACAUUCCUAUCUGUUGUGUUUGCAGAAAUGACAUUUUACCCUUUUUUCUAAGGGUUAUUUUUUGAUUUUCAUAUUAUUUGGUUGCAUGAAGUUGCCCUUUACCAGUGGCUGAGGUUUAUGAAGAUACUGCAUACUUGAACAUGUUUUAGAUUCAUUCCUUUUCUAAAUAGAAAAGGUAUAACUCCAAAUUAAAUCAUUCUAAAUCAGCAUUUUUUAAAAAUAAGUAAAUCAUAGAAACAAGUCCCCUACAUGCAAUGCUACAAGAAUAUUUUCCACCUACAGACAUAACUUUAACUUGCCCUAUAUCCAUUCUUACUUUUUAAUCAGUUUACAACAUGAAAGAAAGAAAAACUUCUUCAUUUGAGAUCAUUGCAAAGUUCAAUAAUGUAAUAAAAUACCUUUCCUUAUUAGAAGUACCUAGCUAGUUAUACUCUUAAUACUUCUCAAAAUCAUGAUGUAAUGUACACUAUCUGACUUAGUUCCUAUAUGUGGAGUUAGUGAAAGUCUUUUUGUGUUUCUUUAGAUUAAUACAAGGAUUUUUUCCAAUGCCAACACAAUUUGAGAUCAUUCAUUUGGAUGCUUUCCAUUUUUAAGCUUACUGUGAUAUAGAACCCUAUGGGAAACCAAAAGAAAACAUCAAUUUUAAAUAAUGAAAGGCUUAAAAAAGGAUGCUGUCAUUCUGGCUUUUUUUUUCCUUUUGGAAAUAGAACUAGACUAGUAAGUAAGCAUUCCAAAUCCAUUAUUCUGUGUACAUUAUUGUUGCUAUUGUGAUAAUAGAGAUUUUUAUUUAUUUUUAUGCCAGCUUUUAUUGUGAAAACAUAUUUAGUCUGGUUUUAUCAAUCCUUGUUAUGCUUGUCCUUGGAACAUCUUUUGCGUAUUCAAGGUUUGUAGUUGACGAGUUUACUGUAAAAAACUUUUAAAAACACAACAAAAAAACAAAAAAGAAAACAAAAAGAAAUCAAAAAAAAUGUAUUGUUUUUACAGAAUAAAUUUAUUGGAAUGUGUAUUGGGAGUAAGGUUUGAGGUUGUAAGCAACUAAGUUAGCGUCAUAUUUGGCUUCAUACGUGUAAUAAUGUGAGGUAUUAAUGUAAGUCAAGUAUUAAAGCAAAACAUUCUGUUAACAUGAGUUGACCAUAAUAGAUACAAGUGCAGGUGAGAUCUUUAUUUUUUUUUCUGUACUUUGCCUUUUCUGGAUAACAGGAGGUUAUUAAAUUCACCUUGAAUGUAUUCAAAGUUUCUUUAAAAACAUUAGAAGUAACAUCAGAGGCUCAAUUAUCUGUUUGGGAGACAGCAUGCCCAACAGCUCUGGGUUUGUUUUCUUGCGAAGACAUUUGGGCAUGGAGCUGUCCCGAAUUCUAGCAUAUACUGAGGGAGUCCACACCAGGGAGGUUGGGUGCUGGAGGAAAUGAUUUCAUCAGCUCCUUUUUGCCAAGGAACACUGACUGAGAGAUGUUGUCAUUAUUUUGGACCUGCCCCUUUGGCUAGAGGUAUGAAACCAUGGAUUCUCUCUGCUGAGCACUUCUGUGAACUCAGUGUUCAGCUGGAGAGUGUUCAAGCAUGAAUUUCUUUCUGCUUUGAAAGUCCCCCAGUGUAGGGUGCAACAUGCAUGUGCAUGAGCUGGUACUUUCUUGUUAUUGAAUAGGUUUAAAAAGAAAAUUAAAAUUCUCUAAAAACAUCCAAAAUCAAACACCCCAAAAUAAAGUGUUUCUGGUUGAAAUA